AUGCGUAUCAGUCGAGAAGGAACGCUGUCUCUGAAUCUAAACGAGAUGCAGGCGAUUCAGACCCACUUCGGAACCCUCGGACGCAACCCUACCGACGUAGAGAUAGAGACCAUCGCCCAAACAUGGUCUGAGCAUUGCGUUCAUAAAACAUUCAAAAGCACCAUCCUUCAACGUGCGACCGAGGAGAUAGCGAAACCGUGGUGUGUCUCCGUUUUUUCUGACAACGCCGGUAUCAUCGAAUUUGACGAGAAAUUUAACCUCGUUUUCAAAGUAGAAACGCACAACCAUCCAUCAGCGAUUGAACCCUAUGGUGGUGCGGGGACGGGGAUUGGUGGCGUAAUUCGCGAUUCACUCGGCACAGGGCUUGGUGCGAAGCCGAUUUUAAACACGGAUGUAUUCUGUUUCGGGAUGCCGGAUACGCCUUAUGCACAACUGCCGAAAGGCACACUUCACCCGAAGCGUGUACUUAAAGGGGUCGUCGCUGGCGUGCGUGAUUACGGCAACCGAAUGGGCAUCCCUACAGCGAACGGUGCUAUCCUUUUUGACUCCCGCUAUACCGCAAAUCCACUCGUCUUCUGCGGAAAUGUCGGUUUAAUACCGAGAAACAGAUGCGAGAAAUCCGUUGAACCCGGUGAUCUGGUAGUCGCCAUCGGUGGACAAACGGGCCGUGAUGGUAUUCAUGGCGCGACCUUUUCUUCAGCAGAAUUGGACGACACCUCUGAAUCCCUCGGUAGCGUGGUGCAGAUCGGUAACCCAAUUAUGGAAAAGAAGAUUGUCGAUGCCCUGUUACAGGCGCGGGAUCGGAAUCUUUAUCGCUCCAUAACCGAUUGCGGUGCCGGAGGGUUCUCGUCUGCUGUCGGCGAGAUGGGAGAAGAUAUAGGGGCAGAAGUGCACCUCGAACGCGUUUCUUUGAAAUACGAAGGGCUCGCUCCGUGGGAAAUCUGGCUCUCCGAAGCACAGGAGCGCAUGGUAAUCGCUGUGCCACCUAAGAAUCUGGAUGAACUCAUGGAAAUAUGCGAGGCAGAAGUCGUUGAAGCCACAGUCCUCGGGACUUUCACAGAUACGCACAGGUUACAGGUCUUCUAUGAAGGCAGAGUGGUCGCUGACUUGGAGAUGGAGUUUCUGCACAACGGACUGCCGAUGCCUGUGAAAGAGGCGGUUUGGGAGCCGCCGAAGCACCCGGAUAUGGCAUCGCGAGACGAAGGAAUCGGGGUUGAAAACCCCUCCUACACGAAUGACCUCGAACGCCUUCUCGCAAGUCCAAACAUCGCGAGUAAAGAAUCCGUUAUCCGGCAAUACGAUCACGGUGUACAAGGCGGUAUGGUUAUCAACCCACUUGUCGGUGCAGAAAACGACGGACCGAGCGACGCAUGCGUUACAACGCCCGUCUUAGGCAGUCGAAAAGGCGUAAUCGUUGCGAACGGCAUCAAUCCGAGAUAUAGCGACGUGGAUCCGUAUCUCAGCGCCGCAGCGGCGAUUGAUGAGGCUUUACGGAAUAUCAUCGCUGUCGGCGGAACAUUAGAAAAGACAGCCUUACUGGACAAUUUCUGUUGGGGAAAUCCGGACAAACCCGACCGACUCGGUGAACUCGUCCGGGCGGCAAGAGCGUGUUACGACAUUGCGACUGCUUACGGCACCCCUUUUAUUUCCGGUAAAGAUAGCCUCUACAACGAAUACCGGGACACUACAACCGGUGAACAACGCGCAAUCCCGUCAACACUCCUCAUAUCCGCUAUCUGCGUUAUGUCCCGACAUUCAAAACGCCGUCACAAUGGACGUGAAAACUCCCGGCAAUUUCAUCUAUGUCGUCGGCAACACCUACGCUGA